UUAUUAUUUAUGAAGAUACAUAUAAUGUUUUAUUGAGGACAAAGUUCUUGUAUUUAUUAUGUGAACUCUGAAACAUUAUCCUUUCUGUUUGGAGCUUGAGCUCUGACACAGUCCAGGUGGUACCCUUUAGUUUGCACACCAAGUGACUGAGGAAAUUCAUAAAUGGAGAAACUCAAAUUACCUGUUAAGUGUGAUCCUGAUUCUUCUGGCAGUGAUCAUCCAGAUUCAUUUCCAAUAUUUAAACUUCCUGUGAGUGAAGAUCUUAGAAGAGAGGAAUACGGCGUGGGUUCUGUACCGGCGAUUGCACCCUCUAAUUCUUCCGGCAAUAGAGAAACUAUGAACAAGUGGAUGGCAUUUUCCAGAGAUUCUGGUUUCAACAAUGAUGGUAACUCUGCAAUGAACAAUCUUUCAGGGGCUAAAAGUGCAGCAAAAGUCAAUGACUCCACGAAUCAUCAAACUUUAACCGAAGCAAGCAUAGCUGAGAGAACUGCUGAAUGGGGUCUUCCAAUGAACUCAAGUAGUGUAAAGGCAAUAGCAGAGAAAACAAGCUCCUCUUUUGAUGGUGACAGAACCAAAAACUUAUCAGAUAGAUUUGUUGAAUCAACAAGGACAUCCGGAGACUCGAACUAUGGAUCCGAAUCAUCAUCAGGGGUGUUCCCAAGAGUCUCACAAGAGUUGAAAGAAGCAUUGGCGACGCUGCAACAAACUUUCGUUGUCUCGGAUGCAACCAAGCCAGACUGUCCUAUCAUGUAUGCCAGCAGUGGCUUUUUCAAUAUGACUGGUUAUUCUUCAAAGGAGGUUAUUGGAAGGAAUUGUCGAUUUCUUCAGGGGCCCGAUACAGACAUGAAUGAAGUGGCGAGAAUUCGGGAUGCAACUAGAAAUGGGAAAAGUUAUUGUGGCAGGCUUUUAAACUACAAGAAAAAUGGAACUCCAUUCUGGAAUCUUCUCACUAUUACCCCCAUUAAAGAUGACAAUGGCAACACUAUCAAAUUCAUCGGAAUGCAGGUUGAGGUGAGCAAGUACACAGAAGGAUUGAGUGAAAAGGCGUUACGACCGAAUGGAUUACCUACAUCGUUGAUUCGUUAUGAUGCUCGUCAGAAGGAGAGGGCUUUAGGUUCCAUCACUGAGGUUGUCCAAACUGUGAAGGAUCCAAAAUCCUCUAGUAAGCCUAUGAUUGAAGAAAAUGCUACCAAGCAUGAAGAGAAAGAGAAGUUUGAUUUUGAAUUUGUUUUGCCAAAGUCUGUUGAAGCUGGGAAUACAAGUAAAUUUAGCAAACAAACUCCUCCCAAGAAUUCUGAAACUGAUGCAUCACGCUUGAGUUCUUAUGAGGAGAGAAGCAAGGCUUCAAGAAAAUCUGCACGAGUUUCUUUAAAGGGUUUUAAAGGGAGAUCAAGUUCUACUGGGAGAGAUGAGGAGACACCCAUCAUUGAGCCAGAGGUAUUGAUGACCCAGGAAAUAACCCGGACCGAAAGUUGGGAGCGCGCUGAAAGAGAGAGGGAUAUAAGGCAGGGAAUAGAUCUAGCAACCACAUUGGAGCGGAUAGAAAAGAAUUUUGUGAUUUCUGAUCCUAGACUUCCAGAUUGCCCAAUUAUAUUUGCAUCUGAUAGCUUCCUCGAACUUACCGAAUAUACUCGAGAAGAAAUUUUGGGAAGAAAUUGUCGGUUUCUUCAAGGACCAGAAACAGAUCAAGCAACUGUCCAAAAGAUUAGAGAUGCCAUCAGAGAGCAGAGGGAAAUUACUGUUCAGUUGAUCAAUUAUACUAAGAGUGGAAAGAAGUUCUGGAAUUUAUUUCACUUGCAACCUAUGCGUGACCAAAAGGGUGAACUUCAAUACUUCAUUGGUGUUCAGUUAGAUGGAAGUGAUCAUGUCGAACCCUUAAAAAAUCGCCUGUCUGAGAAUGCUGAGCUACAAAGUGCUAAGUUGGUAAAAGCCACUGCAGAAAAUGUUGACGAAGCUGUUCGAGAACUUCCUGAUGCCAACUUGAGACCAGAAGAUUUAUGGGCAAUUCAUUCUCAACCUGUCUUUCCACUACCUCACAAGAAGGAUAAUCCUUCUUGGGUAGCAAUAAAAAAGAUUGCCGCAAGGGGUGAGAAAAUCAGCCUGCAUCAUUUUUCGCCUAUUAGGCCAUUGGGUUGUGGAGACACUGGCAGUGUUCAUCUGGUGGAACUCCAAGGUACCGACGAACUAUAUGCAAUGAAGGCAAUGGAAAAGUCUAUAAUGUUAAACCGUAACAAGGUUCACCGAGCAUGUAUUGAGAGAGAGAUUAUAUCAUUACUAGAUCAUCCUUUUCUUCCAACAUUGUACACUUCAUUUGAGACGUCCACCCAUGUAUGUUUGAUUACUGACUUCUGUGCCGGGGGAGAGUUGUUUGCAUUGCUCGACAAGCAACCUAUGAAGAUUUUCAAAGAGGAUUCAGCAAGAUUUUAUGCAGCAGAGGUUGUGAUUGGUUUGGAAUAUCUGCACUGUUUAGGUAUAAUUUAUCGAGAUUUAAAGCCCGAAAAUAUAUUACUUAACAAGGAAGGCCAUGUUGUAUUGACUGACUUUGAUCUAUCAUUUAUGACAAAUUGUAAACCCCAGGUUGUUAAGCAUCCUCCCCCUAGCAAUAGAAGAAGAUCGAGAAGUCAACCACCUCCGACAUUUGUUGCAGAGCCAGUUACACAAUCAAAUUCAUUUGUUGGAACUGAAGAAUACAUAGCUCCUGAAAUUAUUACUGGAGCUGGGCAUAGUAGUGCUAUUGAUUGGUGGACCCUUGGUAUCUUGUUGUAUGAGAUGCUCUACGGCCGUACACCGUUUCGAGGAAAGAAUAGACAGAGGACAUUUUCCAACAUCUUACACAAGGAUCUUACCUUUCCAAGCAGCAUCCCGGCAAGCCUUGCAGCAAGGCAGUUGAUCAAUGCACUACUGCAAAGAGAUCCGGCCAGUCGUCUAGGCUCAACCACUGGUGCCAAUGAGAUCAAACAACAUCCAUUCUUCCGUGGAAUCAACUGGCCUUUAAUCCGCAACAUGAAUCCACCUCCAUUAGAGGCUCCUCUAAAAUUGAUAGAAAAAGUUCCAGUGGCCAAGGAUAUAAAGUGGGAAGAUGAUGGUGUUCUUUCUACCUCAAUUGAUAUGGAUAAUAUUUUCUGAAAAGGGUUAAACACAAGUUACUCAUCAAGAUGCUUUGUUUAGAACCAUGUCUGAUCCAUCCUUCAAGAAUCAAUCAAUGGAGACUUCAAGCACAAAAAGUUUGUCUAUGGUUGUGCGUUGAAUCCAGUUGCAACUUUUGAUCUUACAAUAGAAGAGCAAAACCAAAUACAAUUAUCCAAACAAAUUUGUGAAGGAUCAGCAUGAAAGUAUUAUGUACAUUGAAUAAAGCCAUAGUUUUUUCAAUAAUAUGUUUUGUAGAGUUAAAAAAUAUCAUAUAUGUUGCUAGUCACUUUGUAUAACUUGUUUGUUGUAAUCUAGUUUGUAUCAGUGCCACCAUUGUAAAAAAAUGAUGAGUUUCUGUUGUAAUUUAAAUUUAGUGAAUACAGUUGUUAAAAUUAGUA